AUGGACAAGCACUUUGGUGAGCUGGGUUUGGGGAAUAAUGGAAGAUCUGGUUCUUCAAAGAGAGGAAAGAAGAAUAAUUCAGAUAAACCAAAGCAACCUCAAAGAGGCCUUGGAGUUGCUCAGCUUGAGAAGAUCAGACUCCAUGAUCAGAUGGCUUCUUAUCUCCCUUCACUUCACUCUCCUUUUCAUUCCAAUCUAAACAAGGAAGAUGGUCUGAGAGAAGAGGUGGCAUUUUCACCAUCUUUUUAUUGUUCUAAUUCUAGUUCCAGUACCUCUGCUUCUUCACCUUAUCAUGGUCUUCAAGCUAACCAGCAGAUGAUGAUGUUUGGAGACAAUGAAACCUUAGAUAUAAGAUCAUAUGGUGACUUCUCAUCUUGUUCUUCUUCUAGCAGGUUAUACAUGCCAAAUAAUGUUGUGCAAGAGACUGUGACACUGCCACUCUUAGAAGAAACUAUGGAGGAUUCGAUACAGAAGAAGAGGCGGGAAGAUCGUUCUCUCUUGAGUACUGGAUCAAGGAGUCAGAACUCAUCAGAUAAGAGUGAUACACAAGACAUAGAUUUAGAUCUUAAACUUUGAUCAUGACUUGAUAGAUCAUGUUAAUUCCUCCUCAAAUUAUACUUUGUAAUGAGAGUGAACGCAUGUAAUGCAAGU